CUUGCCAUCGAUCCAGAUCCACAUCCAGAGAUCCCGCAAUGACCACACUCCGGCGAUUCGUCGCGGACGACCUGUUCCGCUUCAACAACAUCAAUCUUGAUCCUCUUACUGAAACGUACGGGCUGUCGUUUUACCUGCAAUAUCUCGCCCAGUGGCCCGACUAUUUCGUCGUGGCCGAGUCUCCGGGCAAGUCGCUGAUGGGAUACAUCAUGGGCAAGGCCGAGGGCCUGAACAAGCUCUGGCACGGCCAUGUCACGGCCCUCACGGUCUCGCCUGAGUUUCGUCGGCUUGGUCUCGCCGAUGGCCUGAUGAAGAUUCUCGAGGAAGUCUCGGAGAAAAUCUACAACACCUACUUUGUCGAUCUAUUCGUCCGCUCGUCCAACUCCGUGGCCAUCGACAUGUAUACAAAGUUUGGAUACACCGUGUACCGGCGAGUACUUAGCUACUACACCGGCGACGACCCUGAGGACGCCUUUGAUAUGCGCAAGGCACUGCCGCGAGAUGUCAAGAAGGAAAGCAUCAUUCCGCUGAAGCAUCCCGUCCGUCCAGAGGAUCUCGAAUGGUGAUUGCCAUUCUCCGUCAUCGCUCCGGACACUCAGUGGCAGUGGCGACGACUACUCGAGUCCACACGAUGACUGAAUGUUCACAUCUGCGCCGGAUCGAGGGAACCGUUGGGCGAGUAGACUGGAGAUGUCGCGAGCGGACUGUCGGGCUCCAUACGCAUCUGGGUGUCGUUGCUCAGAUUUUUGACGAGACCAGCUCGACGGCCAAUACACCUGUGCUCCAGCCGAGUGGGGCCACCACGUUGAUUCAG